AAAACACAGAGAACACAGAGGAGGCGGAGGCGAGGGGGCAAAGGUGUUCAAGGAGGGAGGGGAAGCUUCUGAACCUUUGGGACGAGAGGCACUAAAAUGGGUGUGGAGUUUCAUCCCCAGAACAACGGCAACACGACGAAGGAAGCACAAGGGCCGCGCUGUGAGAGUGGUGGUCCUCUAAUCCUCGGACUCCAACCAUCUGCCCUCGUCGACCAUGUGGCCAAGGUCGAUUGGUCACUCCUCUCUCAGAUUCCCGGCGAGCGUGGCGGCUCCUUCCCGGUUGCAAAUGAAGAGCUUAAGCAUAUAUUGAGUGAGGUCAAUACCCACAUCCUCUCCUUACCCAAUGAUCCAUCUUCUAUGAAGACUAUAGCUGGGGGCAGUGUGGCCAAUACUGUUAGAGGAUUAGCUGCUGGCUUUGGGAUCUCUUGUGGAAUACUUGGUGCCUGUGGAGAUGAUGAACAAGGCAAGUUGUUCGUAAGUAACAUGAGCUUUUAUGGAGUGGAUCUCUCAAGAUUGAGGAUGAAGACUGAAUCCACUGCUCAGUGUGUUUGCCUAGUUGACGAGUUGGGCAAUCGUACAAUGCGACCCUGUCUCUCUAGUGCUGCAAAAAUUCAGGCUGAUGAAUUAACAAGAGAGGAUUUUAAGGGAGCCAGGUGGCUGGUGCUGAGAUAUGCAAUAUCCAAUUUAGAAAUUAUUCGUGCGGCUAUUCUAUUGGCCAAACUAGAGGGUGUUCUCAUUUCCCUUGACUUGGCUAGUUUUGAGAUGGUUAGGAAGUUUAGACUACCUCUGCUACAGUUAUUGGAGUCGGGGAACAUAGACCUUUGCUUUGCCAAUGAGGAUGAAGCAGCAGAGCUUGUAAGGGACGAAGUAACUUCUGGUCCUGAGGCCGCGCUUGAAUUUUUGGCCAAGCACUGUGAAUGGGCUGUGGUGACGUUAGGCACUAAUGGAUGCAUUGCAAAACAUGGAAACGAGGUUGUCCGUGUUCCCGCGAUUGGGGAGGCAAAUGCAACAGAUGCCACCGGAGCUGGGGACCUCUUUGCAAGUGGGUUUUUCUACGGACUGAUCAAGGGGCUUCCACUGGAGGAAUGCUGUGGAGUGGGCUCAUGCAGUGGUGGAUCUGUCAUUCGCUCUCUUGGGGGUGAGGUGACUCCAGAAAACUGGCAAUGGAUGUAUAAACAAAUGCAGACCAAGGGGCUCCCAGUCCCUCACCCCGGCAAAUGAUGUCUCCUGAAUUACAAGAUUAGUGGCAUUUUUCGUUAUCAAUGUAUGUGGUGUUUUUUUGAACAUCUUAAUUGGUCACCAAGUUUUUUAGCAGACCUGCAGGUAUUAUUAAGUGGCAUUUUGGACCGCUGAUUUACUUGAUGCUUGUUUUAACCAUCGAAGAAAAAUGAGAAGACUGAAUUCCAUAUCAAGAAUCUGAGUUAGGAGAGUUUCUUCACCGUAGAAUACAACCCCUUAAAAAGCUUUUCUGUUGAAUUUGAUGGAAAUGGAAGUGUUAUACCUUGCUGUUAG